CUGACAUCCUAAUACCAAUUUGCAUGUGAUAUUUAUUAUUCAGAGUGCCGGAACAUUGCAUAGUAUUUGCUAGAACAUUCUCUAACAACAAUCCAAGCAUCAAGUGCUGUGCAAGUAGAAGUAGCAUGUAGUAGGGAUGGCAAUUGUCACUGAAAAAGAUUGAUUUUUAAAUCGUAGAAUAUCUGAGAUCGAUUCACAAGAUCAAUUCAAUGCAAAGGAUUGAUUAAAAAGAUCGAUUUUUUUUGCUCCAAAAGAUUGAUUCUUUGAUUAAUCGAUUUCAGAUCGCCAUCCCUACCAUGUAGGUUGUAGUAUGUAUACAAACAGUCACAUAGUGUCAGUCUGUACAGACCACUCUGUGCUCGCCGGUGAUGCAUCACUAUUGAUUAGAUAGUAACGCACUGAUAGUCUCUGUGUACACGUGUGGGAAGUACUAAGCCAACAAGUAGUGACUGUGUGUGGGUGUUGUUAGUGUCCUAUGUAUCAGAAUGUUCCUAUUAUUAGUUCCUUGUACCAACGGCCUGCUGGAGGACAACAACCUCUACUGUAUUAUUAUACUUGUUUAGUAACAUUUUAAUGACCGGUUUAUAUUCAACAAAGUCUAAUAUUAGUGUACUAUGAAUAUUAAACUGUCAAACACCGCGCAGUCACCGGUGACCGCAACCUAUUGUUCUUUAAUUGUGUCUAUAAUGACGGUACUCGACGAGUUAAAAUAUAGUUAUUUAAUAGAAAGGAAAUAAUUGACUAGAGUGGUUGGCACCAAAGCAAUGUGUAGCACAGAGUAUAAUGAUGUAACAUAAAGCUGUGCUUCCACUGACUGAGUGUGACAUUGGGGAUGUUUACGAUUUGUACUGUUUGCACUAUACUGUAGAUAACUUAAUAUUUGUUCAUUAAUUUAUUGUCUUGUUUAUCUUUCACAAUUUGUCGAGUCAUCUCCCUCUGUCUCCCUAAUGGCACAUGUUAUUGUCAACUUGUAAGUACAUGAAUGUUACACUAGUUUUUUCUGAUAUAAUUUUUUCCUCAUAAUGAUUCAGAAGUUCUAAUGAAUAAACUGAAAUAUAUCAUUAAACAAAUGGCACUAACAAAAUUAAAAUACGAGAAGGUAAUGUUUAAGAAGUCAUUAAAAAAGUAUUAUUUUGUAAUGGAUAAAUUAAAUUAUUUUUCCAACAACCUGUUUAUAUUGGCGAAGUAAGUUAGUUGAAGUUAGUUCUUUAUCAUUGUCUAUGUAAUGCCCGUGCACAAAUACAAUGUACUUACUAAUGAGUAGGAUACAUGUGGGAGGGCGCUGUUGUGUCUCUGUUUACAUAGUCCCUGUAGCAUUUUUUGUAUUUAAAAAUAACAAAAGUACAUAUAAAGUCGUGAAAAUCUAUCUAAAGUGGCAAACUGACACCGCAUCCACUGGAUAAAUGUUAUUAAUCGCGAAAACUCCCUAUCUGCGAAGUUAAUAUCAAGAAAACCACCAACAACUACUUUCAUCGCAAAAAGACCGAAUAAGAAGAAUUCAAGAGGAAAACCGAUAAGACGGAAGAAGGUUAGUCUUUUAAAAUUCAAGAGAUCAAGAAGUGCAAAAAACUAGUGUUAAAAAGAACAUUCUGAUAAAUUAUAACCUUACUUUAAUUACAACAAAAAAUAAAAGUCACGGUCUUCAAGAACUCGGUAACAACGCCAUCUAGCGUCGAGCAGUUAAACUACUAACUAAUCAACAUUAGAAGAACUCCUGCGCUAACUACAGUAGUACAAGACUUACAAACGUGAUACAUAGAAACUUCAGACAAAAUCUAAUAGAGGGCGACAAGUGUACUAUAAAUAUUACAACUACAAAACAAAAAACAUGGAAGAAAUAUUAACUGCUUUAAAAACAAUUCAAAAUGAUUUGGACAAUCAAAGACAAGAAAUCCGGGAAACAGGAAAGACUGUUACAGAACAAGUCACGAAAAAUAUUAGCAUGAUGUUUGAAGAAAAAUUUUCAGCAAUAAAUAAAAAUCUAGAAGACGUGAAAGAGAAAAUGGAAAUCCAAGAAAAAGGAUUACAAAAUCUAGAGAGACAGGCAAGAAAAAAUAAUCUAGUAUUUUUUGGCUUAGAAGAGAGUGAAAAAUCAUACGAAAAUUUGGAGAGAAACUUCAUUACCUGGGUAGAACAAUAUCUUUCUGUAAAAAUAAACAAUUGCGAUAUUCAAGAAAUAAAAAGAAUUGGAAAAAAAGGGGAAAAGCCACGCCCUCUGGUAGUGACCUUCCUAACUCUAGGCACAAAAAUAAAAAUCCUGAAACAAAAAAGAGCACUAAUAGAUACCACCUACUACUUUAAAGAAGAUUACCCAAAGCAGGUACUGGAGAAGAGAAAGAAACUCCAGGCACAAUUACAACUAGAGAGAGAAAAAGGCAACAUGGCUAAAAUUUCAUACGACAAACUAAUAAUAUCAAAAGUCAACCCUAAACGAAAAUUACCCAUUUCACCUGAAAACGCCAUGCCAACCAACACUGAAAAAAUACAAAUAAACAAAAAGAACAAAAUACAGCAAGGCGAUCAGUCUGUCAAGAGAUCUAGCAGCUUUUCAGAAGGGAUAAUAAAACAAGGAAUACUGAACUACGUGGUCAAAAAUUCAACAAGCAAAAAAAAUAACGACAACAAGCAAAUAUAGCAACUAGGCGCCUCCUCCUCCUCAUC